UUUGAUUUUUAAUUUGAUUUAGCUUGGAGGUGGAUUAAUAUUUUAUUAUUAUGAAAAAUUAAUUUUUAUAAUAAUAUUAAAAUCUGAUACUCUUAGAAAUAAAAAAAUAUUAGUUUUAUUACUUUUGAUUUUAUUCAACUAUAUCAAAUUCAAAAUGGAAAUAAAAUAGAAAAAUAUGAAGUAUUACAUUUUCCUUAAUUUUAAAUUUAAUAAUUUUGUGUUUUCUAGAAAGAAAAAUUGUUAGUGGUCUUUUCAUCUCAAACCAACAAAACUUAAUUAAAUUUACAAUAAAGUUUUAGAAUAAAAACAGAUUUCAUUUAUUAUUUUCAGUAUAAAUUAAAAUUUUAAAUAUUUUAUAUAAUUAAUUAUUUUAAUAUAAAAUAGUUUUAAUGUAAAUUCACCCGCCCGUAGGGCGGGCCAACCCCUAGUUGAAAUAAAAGGAGAAAAAGUUGUACGAAACAAAUAAAUUUCUUUUUGUUUUCUGUCGUCUGAGAAUCUUAGGUUUUGAAACAAGUAAAAGCUACAGGCUUCAAAACUGUGAAUAUUCACAUAUGGAGAGAUCAUCAUCUGCGCAGGUGAAAGAUGUUGAUAAUAUCAGCAAACUCCCGAAUGAUGUAUUGCUCUUGAUAUUAUCAAGACUUUCCACAGAAGAAGCCAUAAGGACGAGUGUUGUUUCGAAACGAUGGGAACAUGUUUGGAAGCAAUUGUCUCAUCUUGUCUUCAACAUUCCACGAAUUAUCAAUUCCACAGAGCUGCGUGAUAGUUUGAAUCGAGUUGAUAUAUUGAUUACUAAGGUUAUAAACAAUCACCGUGGACAUCUAGAGAGUUGUGUAAUCAAUCACUUCCCAUACCACGGUGUAACUGGAAUUCUUAAUACUUGGAUCCAAUCAGUGACUUGCGUGAAACACACAAAGGUUCUUACACUUACCAACGAUUUUCUUUGUCGGAAUCCAACAAAUAAAAUCUUUGACAUUCCCACAAACUCCUUCUCUCACCCGAGCCUUACGUCACUCUCUCUAAGUUCAUACAUUCUCAGAAGCUCACAUCCUUUGAUAAACUGCUCGAAUCUUAAGACCCUCAAACUUGUAUUAAUCACUGCCCCCGAGGUUGGAGUCUUUAACCGGGUACUCACAUCUUGCCCCUCUCUGGAGGUGCUUGUACUAGACAUCGUUUGCGUCGACAACAAAAGUGGGAUUCCUUUGAAGAUUGAGAACAACACAUUGAAAGUUUUGCAUGUGCAGGCUAUGCAUUACAUUGAUGGUAUCCAAGUGUCAGCUACCAGUCUAGAUAUUCUCAUCAUCGAAGAUGCUUCUUUUGGGAGGGAUGGAUUUUUCCUCCGGUCCCCCAAACUCCAAUUUGAUAGGAACUUUUGGGCUCCAGGGAGGUUUGUGCCUCACAUGAGCUACAACAUAUCACAGGAGGAAAACAGCAUUGUGCAUGAAGAAUUUAUGAACAACAUACCUCGUCCGUUUUUUAGAUCGGUUGCAAUUAUGGCUGCAUCCAUGUCGGUGAGUGUAGAUUUAAGGAAUCAGACACAAGUGGAGAGAUUACGACAAGUCCUACGUCUGUGGACUCGUAAAAUGAUGGGGCUUGAGAUCAUUUUUAAGCAGGAUUACAACGAUGCUACUACCACAGAAGAAAACAGUGAGUCUUGGCAUAAGAAGUUUUGGAAGGAUAAUAUUAACAAAGAUGCCUUCCCCAGUGCCAAAUUCCGUGUGAAAACUGUGUGGAUGAAUAACUUCAGCGGUUCAGAGGAAGAGUUUGCCUUUGCGUCGUGUUUGAUCAAACAAGGGACGGUGGUAGAUAAGAUGAUGAUCAAAACGUCUUCCUUGCCUCCAAGGAAGAAGUUGGAGAUAGAAGCAGCAGUGGUGAAGCUUGAAGCACUUCAAACAGAAGAUGAAAGGGAACUUACCAUUCAUUGUUUCUGAUAGAGUUUAAUUUAGGUCAAACCUGUUCAACCUAAUUUUGAAGAUUUGUUACACUUUUUUUUUGUGAAUGCUACGAACUUGUUCUUCUUUCGCUAUAAUUCAGAUUGUGACUGCAAUGCAUCAAAA